GGACGAGUAGGAGGAGGAGGAGAAGGAUGAGAUGAAGAGAAGCUGCUGUCUCUUCUCUCUCGUCUUUCCAUCACUUUAAAAGAAAAAAAGACAAAAGAGAGAGAGACAGAGAACAACCAAAAGAAAGGACACGGAUAUACAUUCAAAUGUAAAAGAUACCCUACUCUUCUCCAUUCUCCUUUUCAAGGAGGGCAUUUUUCUUCCCUUUCCCCCCCUUUCCUUUUCUACCCCACUUUUUACCACUGAGAUCCCGGUUUUGUCAAAUUACAGCCACUGAACUUCUCUGGGAUUUCAGGUGAGGCACGCGUGUGUAGUGUGUGGUGCUCAUACAAACAUUUUUUAUUGCCUAUCAUGGCUCACGCGGCCUCUCAAUUGAAGAAGAAUCGGGGGGAAGUGGAUGUGAAUGCAUUAGAGGACGAGAAGGAGAAGCGGAGGAAGAGCAGGAGAGCAGCGUCCCGGGAACAAAAGAGAAAGUCCGACAACAAUGCCAGUUACUUGCGAGCUGCCCGGGCGGGAAACCUAGAAAAGGUCCUUGACUACGUCAAGGGCGGAGUUGAGAUCAACAUUUGCAAUCAGAAUGGUCUAAACGCUCUCCACCUGGCCUCUAAGGAGGGGCACGUGGAGGUUGUGGCCGAGCUGCUGAAGCUGGAAGCAGAUGUGGAUUCAGCCACAAAGAAAGGAAACACUGCUCUGCACAUAGCCUCGCUGGCCGGACAGACGGAAGUCGUCAAAGAGCUGGUCACUAACGGAGCCAAUGUCAACGCACAAUCACAGAAUGGCUUCACUCCUCUGUACAUGGCGUCCCAGGAAAACCACCUGGAGGUGGUGCGGUUCCUUCUGGAGCACAGCGCCAGCCAGAGUAUGGCCACCGAGGACGGCUUCACGCCUCUGGCGGUGGCCCUCCAGCAGGGCCAUGACCAGGUGGUCUCCUUGCUGCUGGAGAACGAUACAAAGGGCAAGGUACGCCUACCUGCCCUGCACAUCGCUGCCCGCAAGGAUGACACCAAGGCCGCGGCCCUGCUCCUGCAGAACGACCACAACGCAGAUGUGGAGUCCAAGAUGAUGGUGAAUAGAACAACAGAGAGCGGUUUCACCCCCCUCCACAUCGCGGCUCACUACGGCAACAUUAACGUGGCCACCCUUCUGCUGAACAGAGGAGCAGCUGUGGACUUCAUGGCCCGGAACGACAUCACGCCGCUUCACGUGGCCUCAAAAAGGGGCAACAGCAAUAUGGUCAAGUUGUUGCUGGACAGAGGGUCCAAAAUAGACGCAAAGACCAAGGACGGUCUGACGCCUCUUCACUGCGGGGCGAGGAGCGGGCACGAGCAGGUGGUGGAGAUCCUGCUGGACCGCGGAGCUCCUUUCCUGUCCAAGACCAAGAACGGGCUGUCGCCGCUCCACAUGGCCACUCAGGGGGACCACCUGAACUGCGUCCAGCUGCUGCUCCAAAACGACGUGCCGGUGGACGACGUCACCAACGACUACCUGACGGCGCUGCACGUCGCCGCCCACUGUGGUCACUACAAGGUGGCCAAGCUCAUCGUGGACAAGAAGGCCAACCCCAACGCCAAGGCUCUGAACGGUUUCACCCCGCUUCACAUCGCCUGCAAGAAGAACCGGGUGAAAGUGAUGGAGCUGUUGCUGAAACAUGGAGCGUCUAUCCAGGCCGUCACUGAGUCUGGCCUAACGCCCAUCCACGUGGCGGCCUUCAUGGGCCACGAGAACAUCGUCCAUGCGCUGACGAACCACGGCGCCUCGCCCAACACGACCAAUGUGCGAGGAGAGACGUCCCUCCACAUGGCGGCCCGGGCGGGUCAGGCGGACGUGGUCCGAUACCUGCUCAAGAACGGAGCCAAGGUGGAGACCAAGUCCAAGGACGACCAGACAGCGCUGCACAUCUCCAGCCGGCUGGGGAAAGUCGACAUCGUCCAGCAGCUGCUGCAGUGCGGCGCCUCGGCCAACGCCGCCACCACCUCGGGCUACACCCCCCUUCACCUGGCGGCCCGCGAAGGACACCAGGACGUUGCCGUCAUGCUGCUGGAGAACGGAGCCUCUCUCUCCUCCUCGACCAAGAAAGGGUUCAGUCCCCUGCACGUGGCAGCAAAGUACGGCAAGAUGGAGGUCGCCAGUCUGCUCCUACAGAAGAGAGCUGCGCCGGAUGCUGCUGGAAAGAGUGGGCUAACUCCGCUGCAUGUGGCCGCUCACUACGAUAAUCAGAGAGUGGCUCUGCUGCUGCUGGAUCAGGGAGCUUCCCCACAUGCUGCCGCCAAGAACGGCUACACGCCGCUCCACAUCGCUGCCAAAAAGAACCAAAUGGACAUCGGGACCACACUGCUGGAGUACGGCGCCGACACCAACGCAGUGACGCGGCAAGGCAUCAGCCCCAUUCACCUGGCGGCCCAGGAGGGCAGCGUGGACCUGGUGUCCCUGCUGCUGACCAAGAACGCUAACGUCAACAUGUGCAAUAAGAGCGGACUCACACCACUGCAUCUGGCGGCGCAGGAGGACAAGGUCAAUGUGGCAGAAGUCCUUCUCAACCACGGGGCUGAUGUCAACCCGCAGACAAAGAUGGGUUACACUCCGCUGCACGUGGCCUGUCACUACGGCAACGCAAAGAUGGCAAACUUCCUGCUGCAGAACCAAGCCAGAGCCAAUGGCAAAACCAAGAACGGGUACACUCCUCUACACCAGGCGGCUCAGCAGGGCCACACCCACAUCGUCAACCUGCUGCUUCAGCGCGGCGCCUCGGCCAACGAGCUCACCGUGAAUGGGAACACUGCCCUGUCGAUCGCCCGUCGCCUCGGAUACAUCUCUGUGGUGGACACCCUGAGGCCCGUGACGGACGAAAACCUGACGACCAUGAGCACAUCGGAAAAACACAAAAUCAACGUCCCAGAGACCAUGAAUGAGUUCCUCGACAUGUCCGACGAUGAAGUCUGGGCCAAUAAGGCAGAAAACCUCAACGAGGAGUCUUUUUCACAGAUCAUUGAAGGUGAGGAUGCGUUGACCGGGGACACGGACAAAUACCUGCGGCCCCAGGACCUCAAGGAGCUGGGGGACGACUCUCUCCCUCAGGAGGGCUACAUGGGCUUCAGCAUAGGAGCCCGCUCAGCCAGCCCUAGACUCAGCCUGCGCUCCUUCAGUUCGGAUAGGUCCAACACGCUCAACCGGAGCUCCUAUGCGCGGGACAGCAUGAUGAUCGAGGAGAUCCUGGCGCCCACAAAGGACACGCUUCAGAGUGUCUGUAAAGACAUUUCCUACUUGGUCGACCCUCUCAAUAAGCACCUGGCCGUGACCAGAGAAAACGGUUCCGAGUACAUGCGGCGUUACAGCUGGACCCCGGACACAGUGGACCACAGUCACAACACCGUGUCCAGUCCCAUUCACUCCGGCCUCUCCUCCCCGCUCCCUCAGUAUGACUCCAGGUUCCUGGUCAGCUUCAUGGUGGACGCCCGCGGUGGCUCCAUGAGAGGCAGCCGCCACAACGGCAUGCGCAUCAUCAUCCCUCCCAGGAAGUGCACGGCGCCCACGCGCAUCACCUGCCGCCUGGCCAAGAGGCACAAGCUGGCCUACCCUCCGCCCAUGGUGGAGGGAGAGGGGUUGGUCAGCCGGCUGGUGGAGGUCGGACCGGCCGGGGCUCAGUUCCUCGGCCCUGUGAUUGUGGAGAUCCCUCAUUUUGGGUCCAUGCGGGGGAAAGAGAGGGAGCUCAUCGUGUUGAGGAGUGAAAAUGGCGACACGUGGAAGGAGCACCAGUCUGACGCCAGGCCGGAAGACCUGUUUGAUCUGCUCACGGGAAUGGAUGAAGAGCUGGACAGUCCUGCCGAGUUGGAGAAGAAGCGCAUUUGCCGCAUCGUCACCACCGAUUUCCCUCAGUAUUUUGCCGUGGUGUCACGGAUCAAGCAGGAGUCCAACCACAUGGGUCCCGACGGAGGCAUGCUGUCCAGCAGCACCGUGCCCAUGGUCCAGGCCUCGUUCCCGCAGGGGGCGCUCACCAAGAAGAUCCGUGUCGGCUUGCAGGCGCAGCCUGUGCCAGACGACAUGGCGAGGGCGGUGCUCGGGAACCGAGCCACCUUCAGCCCCAUCGUCACCGUGGAGCCCAGGAGGAGGAAGUUCCACAAGCCGAUCACCAUGACGAUCCCCGUCCCGCCGCGAUCGGCAGAAGGCCAUCCCAGCGGCCACCGAGGCGACGCUGCGCCCUGCCUGCGUCUGCUCUGCAGCAUCACAGGAGGGACGUCCCCGGCCCAGUGGGAGGACAUCACAGGAACCACGCCGCUGUCCUUUGUGACCGAUUGCGUUUCCUUCACCACAAAUGUGUCGGCCAGGUUCUGGCUCGCAGACUGUCACCAGAUUCCUGAGACGGUGAGUCUAGCGUCUCAGUUAUACCGGGAGCUGAUCUGCGUGCCGUACCUGGCCAAGUUUGUGGUCUUCGCCAAGAUGAACGACCCGGUUGAGGCUCGGCUGCGCUGCUUCUGCAUGACGGACGACAAAGUGGACAAGACCCUCGAGCAGCAGGAGAACUUUGAGGAAGUGGCCCGUAGCAAAGACAUCGAGGUGCUUGAGGGCAAGCCCAUCCACGUGGAUUGCUACGGCAACCUGUCCCCUCUCACCAAAAGUGGCCAACAGCUGGUGUUUAACUUCUUCUCCUUCAAGGAAAACCGGCUUCCUUUCCAUGUCAAGGUCAGAGAUAUGGGCCAGGAGCUAUGUGGUCGCCUCUCCUUCCUGAAAGAGCCCAAAUCCAGUAAAGGCCAUCCACAGGCUGCCAUAUGCAAUUUGAAUAUCACACUGCCAACCCACAAGAAGGAUAUGGAGUCUGAUCCUGAUGAUGAGACUGAAAAGCCAGAACGACGUCAUACCUUUGCCUCCUUAGCUUUGCGUAAGCGCUACAGCUAUUUGACCGACCCAGCAGCGAAAACAACUGAUCGAAGCUCGCCGAGAACACAGCCUUCUAGCUACCCUCACAAACCUGUCUUUUCAACGAGAUCUUAUCAGGCGUGGUCGCCUGUUCCUGUCGCCGUCCCUUGCCAAGCCAAGUCUGGGUUUGGCUCCCUCUCCAGUUCGUCAUCCAACACGCCCUCUGCCUCUCCAUUAAAGUCUGUCUGGUCCAUCAACUCUGCCUCUCCCAUCAAGACAAACAUCCCGGGAUCACCUGCCUCUUCCGUAAAGUCAGUUAGCGACAUGGCCUCUCCCAUCCGAUCUUACAGAACCAUCUCCUCUCCCAUAAAAACUGUAGUCCAGCAAGCCCAGUACCCAGGGCAGGUCAGCCACAGUCCCCUGGCCUCACCAGGUAGAAGCGCCCCAGAUACUAUAUCCAUGAAAGGACUGGCAGCAUUGUCCGCUAGGACCUCACCUAUAACUGUCUCUGGACCAGGAAGCCCACUUCUUGAGAGAACUUCAAAAAGCAUGACCCCUCCAACCUCUCCCAAAUCUUCCCUGAGUAUGUUCAGCUCACCCCUGUCAUACAAGACCGUAAUGGGGGGCUCUUGUGGCACAGGAUCUUCCUCCUCGCCCAUAAAAACAGUCCCCGGUCUCUCCUCUGUGCGUUCUUUUGCCGCAGACGUCACUGGCCCCGCAAGAAACCUGUUCUCCUCCCUUUCGUCACCACUCAAAUCCAACACUCCACCGAGUGCCGCAGCUCUGAUCAAUGGAACUGUGUCACCUACGCAGUACCGCUCUUCAUCCCCCACGUCUCUUCUCGCGAGCAGUCUUCAAGAGAGAAUACAAGCAACCACCAACGCUGCGACUACAAGUGUCAAUGCAGCUUUUGAUGAGGUGGAGAAAACAUUUAAUUCUUGUUCUGCAGGCUAUGGCACCUUAAAGUCCAUGUCCUCUUCAGCAUCCUCCUCAUAUCAGUCCAUUAGAUCAUCGGCUUCAAAUUCCCUCUAUGCCUCCCUGAGAUCCCCUCCCAACAACACCACCACUACUGUAACAUCCAAUACAACGACUGUCCCAGUGUACAGUGUUAUUAAUGUGCUGCCUGAGCCCCAGUUUAAAAAGUUACCUGAGGUGUCCAAGUCAGCUGUUGCCCUUCUGUCCCCGCGGAAGACUGUGCCCGUUGAGGUGAACGCUCACAUGCAGUCUUCCUUUGCCAGAACUCUCUCCCCAAUCAAAUCGCCUCUUUUUUCUGCUGGCCCCAAAUCAAAUACCGCGUCGCCUCUUUCGUCGAGCCAAGAGAUUCUGAAGGAUGUGGCCGAAAUGAAAGAGGACUUGAUACGAAUGUCAGCCAUUUUGCAGACAGACCCCAAUUCCACUGCUAACAAAGGAUUUCAGUCAGAUUCCCCUAAAGAGGCUCGGGCAGAGGAUGAGGAGCCAUAUAGAAUUGUGGAGAAAGUAAAGCAGGAUUUGGUAAAAGUGAGUGAAAUUCUCACCAAAGAUGCUAUUAAGGAUGGAAGAGUUUCCCUUGCAAGAGGUUCUUUGGAUGACAUACACUUCUCAAAAGUACAAGUCGAACAACCGCCAAGCAACUGGAGCUAUCCACCAAGAUAUGAGACCGUCGUUCCUCAAGCCAAGUCCAAAACCAUACCAGAUAGAGAUUUCAAUCUCUCCAAAGUGGUUGACUACCUGGCCAAUGAUGUUGGCAGCAGCUCUUUCUCCAAAACGCAUGACACAAAACAUAAAGCAGAUGAGGGAAAGAGAGAAGGACAGGGCAAGGAGAAGCAGAAACGCGUCCUCAAACCCACCAUAGCAGUUCAGGAGCAUAAGCUCAAAAUGCCUCCAACAAACAUGCGCUCAUCACCUUCAGACAAAGAGAUCAGUAAAGUAGCAGAUUCACUUUUUGACACUGUGCUAGACUCCCCUGAUGAUAUCUCACAUGAACAGGAUAAAAGCCCCCUCUCCGAUAGUGGCUUCGAGACCCGUAGUGAAAGGACACCCUCUGCUCCUCAGAGUGCAGAGGGCAUGGGCCCCAAGGCCCUUUUUCAGGAUAUCCCAGUUCCCCCAGUAAUCACUGAAACUAGGACUGAGGUUGUCCAUGUCAUCAGGAGCUACGAGCCCCCGGAGGAUAAUAAACAACCCGCAAUGGAGGAUGCACAUCCCGUCAGAUAUAUUGAUUCAGAUUCUAAAGGGCAUCAAGCUUCAUCUACUGCAGAUCAGAAUAAAUGCUAUUCAAUAAAAGUCAGCCCAGAUGAGGAUCCAAUGGGGAAAGGGAUGAGGGUAAAGGAGGAGACUCACAUCACCACCACCACCAGGAUGGUGUACCACAAACCGCCUGGUAAAGAGACAGCAUCAGAAAGGUGUGAGGAAACUAUGUCCGUACAUGAUAUAAUGAAGGCUUUUCAGUCAGGCAAAGACCCUUCUAGAGAGCUGGCUGGGCUGUUUGAACACAAGACCGGCAAUGAGGAAACGUCUCAACGGGUCCUCGAGGACAUACACUCCAAACCUAAGGUUGAAAGAAUAAUUGAGGUUCACAUUGAAAAGGGAAGUAAAACAGAACCAACAGAGGUCAUCAUCAGAGAGACAAAAAACCAUGCGGAGAAGGAAAUGUAUUACUACCCAGGAACUAGACAGGAAGACGAAGAGCCUGAAGAAUCACUUCCAGUUUACCUUGACUGCCCCAGAGUGCACACACCCAUGUCCCAAGAGGAAGACAGUCGUCCUAGUUCAGCCCAGCUCUUGGCAGAUGAAUCUUACAAAGCACUGAAGCUAUUAAGCCAGCAAUCCGUAGAGUACAAUGAGGAUGAAGCCUCAGAGCUUAGGGGAGAAUCUUAUAAUUUUGCAGAGAAAAUGCUGCUCUCUGAGAAAUUUGACCAGUCUCAUUCUGAUACGGAGGAAUAUCUGAGGGAUAGAUCUCGCUUCCACUCGCCAGACAGAAGCACUCACAGUGAGGGUAGAUCAGUUGCACCAAGGACAGAGUAUGUCUUUAGGUCGUCCAGAAAUGUGUUUGACAAAUCUGGAAGAAUGGCCAAUGUCGACGAUAACUUUGACAAACUGACGCUUUUGCAGUAUUCAUCUGAGCCUGGCAGCCCGAAACAAUCCGUUUGGAUGCGUGUGUCGGAGGACACAAAGAGUAAGGAGGGAGAACAGCUCAUGUAUGAGGACAGAGUGGACAGGACUGUAAAGGAGGCGGAGGAAAAACUCAGUGAGGUAUCUCAAUUCUUCCGUGAUAAAACCGAACAGCUCAACGAUGAGCUCUUGUCUCCAGAAAAGAAGUCUCGAAGACCAGACUUCAGAGAAUCUCGAUCCGGGCCCAGUUCCACACACAGCAGUCCAGAAAGGUCAGCUUAUAGGAAUGGAGGUAGUGGGGAAGAAUGGAGUAGAGAAAGGCUUCGAGACAGGUUCAGCUCCGGUGAUAGAAAAUGUGCCAGUUUGCCGAGCAGUCCAGAGAGGAGAGUAUUGCCGCAGUACAGCGAGUCAGACCCAAAAAAAACAGGAGAUACUAAGUCACAGGGAAGCACAGGUGAAGGCCCCAAACCUUUUCAAAUGUCUUCGUCGAAAGUGAGUGCUGUGAGGUUAAAGUUUGAACAAGAGGCACAAAAGCAAGAUAGGAGUCCUCAGAGUGGCCAAAAUUCAAAUCCUCCUAUCAGGAAACUCCAGGAAACUAAGCUACCCGUGUAUCAGGUGUUCGCUGGUCCAAACAUUCCAAAAACACCAGACAGUCCAGGAAACCAGAGGAGACGUCUAGAUAGCGAAUCAAACAAGUUCUCAACCAAGCACGAGACCAGUGAAAAAGAUCAGGAAGGGAAGACGUUAUUCAAAGCAUGGGAGAGUCAAGACUAUGGGAACUAUAAAUCCCAGUCCCCCAAAUUAACUCCGUCUCUAAUCCAAGAUUCUAUAAAAGACAGCAAGAAUAGUGAUUCACAAAUACAAGAAACUACCAAGAAAAUAAUCUACACAGAAUUUGUUGUCCGAGAAAGUCCAAAUAGCAAUGAUAGUCUAAAAAAAAACUCGGAAUCACAAAUUCCUAUAAGAAAGCCAUCUAAUUUCCCCGAAAAUCAAAAAUCCACCACUUUAAAAUUAGAUGCCUCUGUUGAACCCCAUGAGAGGACAGGCUCUCAUAUACCAACUUUAACUAGAAAUCGGUUACACAGUAGCUCUGAAUCCAACAAGUCUACUCGUGGAUCAUCACUAGGAAAAUCCACUGACUCAUCCGACGGUAGCCUGUCGAAUGUCGUGUGUAACGGUGUUGAUAGUGACCAAGUAGAGUAUUUGGAUGAACUAACUCCUGUAGUUGUCACAGAGGGUUUCAAAGACAUUACACCCUUACCUGUGUAUGUUAGCAUCCAAGUAGGAAAGCAGUAUGAAAAAGAAACGGCCUCAGGGCAGCUGGGGACAUACAAAAAGAUCGUAAGCCAUGAGAGUAGGACAGUGCAUGAGACAAGGGGUGCAUUUUACACUGUAAAGCAGAAGCAGCCUCCAUCUCCUCAAGGGAGUCCCGAAGAUGACACGCUAGAACAAGUUACUUUCUUGGACAGCUCUAGGAAAAGUCCUGUUACCCCUGAGACCCUCAGCUCCGAGGAAGGGAGUCUGGCCUCAAGAAUACCAGAAUCUGUGAUAGGAUUUAUGCCUGCAAUGCCAGGCCCUAUCCUAGAGGAAUCUGAGGAGGAAGAAGGGAAGACCUUCAUCUACAAGGGGCCCUCGAAGGAAAAAUCAAAGCCAGCUCUCUCAGAAAAUCCCAGUAGAAAACAGGAUACAGAGAGACAAAAGACAAGGGGCAAAAGAGUGGCGUACAUCGAGUUCCCACCUCCUCCUCCUUUAGAAGCAGAGCAGUCCGACCCUGAGAAAAGGGGCUCUUGUGCUUCUUCUGAGGCAGAGACAGAAAUGAUCGAGGUGAACCUCCAAGAGGAGCAUGAUAGGCACCUCUUAGCAGAGCCUAUUAUCAGGGUCCAGCCUCCAUCCCCUGUUCCCCCUGGAGCUGAUAACAGUGACUCCAGUGAUGAUGAGUCUGUCUUCCAUCCCAUCCCUCUAAAAAAGUACACUUUCAAAAUGAAAGAAGAGGGAGAGAAACAGCCUAAAAAAUCAGAGAAAAAAGAGAUUAGUAGGGAGUCUGAGAUCAAUGGUGUCGUAAAGGAGGAGGAUGCUGACUUUGACCAAAAUGGCAAUGACCAGUCAGUCACAGACUGCUCCAUAGCAUCCACUGCUGAGUUCUCGCAUGACACAGAUGCUACUGAAAUUGACUCUUUAGAUGGGUAUGACCUUCAGGAUGAGGAUGACGGACUAAGUGAGGACCCUAAAACGUCUAGUCUGUCCAAUGACGGCAAAACCACUGACCGCUCCUUUAAUCAGUCUAAGCUUGAAGUGAUAGAGGAAGAGAAAUGUGAAGAAGGGGGGGAUACUGGAAUGGCUAAAACCUCAGCCAGUGGAGAGGAGAAAGAUUAUACCCUUGAAGGAAGACAUCCAGAAAGGCAGACUUUCGCAGAUAACUACUUUGGCUAUCAACUUGAAGAGGAGCUGAAUUCAACCUUUAAAACUGUUGCCACCAAAGGCCUGGACUUUGACCCCUGGUCAACCAAAGGGGGCGAUAGCGACGGAGUUUUUGAGUCCAAAACAAAAGAUGAGGACCCAAAACCUUUUGGUUUAUCGGUGGACGACAAAUCACAGGCUACAACACCAGACACAACCCCCGCUCGAACACCGACUGAUGAGAGCACACCAACUAGUGAGCCUAACCCCUUCCCUUUCCACGAAGGGAAGAUGUUUGAGAUGACCCGCAGUGGUGCUAUUGACAUGAGCAAACGGGACUUUGUUGAAGAGAGGCUUCAGUUUUUCCAGAUUGGUGAGCAUUCCUCUGACCCUAAAACAGGGGAAAAGGGGAGAGGGGGCAAGAUCCUGGGGGUAAUUUCCUCUCAGUCAGGGGAGAAGGUUAUAGAUACUACCACAGACAGCAGCACACCACCACCACCAACAACAACAGCAACAACAACAACACCACCACCAGCAGCAACAACAGCAAAAUCCUGUACUGCACAGUCUGGCGGUACUGAUGCCCCCACCUGUGAAGCCAUAGCUGAAACCUCCUCAUGCACAAUCACAGCCUCUAAGGUUGAUCCCAAAUUACGCACUCCUAUUAAGAUGGGCAUAGCUGCCUCCAUAACUGUGAAAAAAGACUCUGGGGAUCUCACCAAUUGUAAAGCUGAGGUGACAGAGGGUCAGAUAGUGCCAGAAUACAUCAGUAUAGAGGGUACAGAAAGCCAGACUAGCAGACACACUGGGCCGAAGUUAGAGAGACAAGAUUUCCCCUCUGAAAACUGCAACAACAACAAUAACCUUGAGGCCUCCAGUGUUCAGGCCAACUACAUCCAAUGCGGUAGUGUGGUGUUUAAUUUGCAGUCCUCCUCUGAGCCCACUCUUCAAAAAGCUAGUAGGAUAGAGACACUGGGCUGCAGGGAUGAAGAGGAGGGAGCGGAAGUAACCAGCAGUGGUCAAGUGCAGGAGCAGAAAAAUGAAACCGUCAAAGACAGUGAAGUGAAGCAGCCCAAGUCAAGGCUACCAGUUAAAGCCUCGGGUUGGUCAUUUCACACGCAGGGAACAGCCAUAGGCAAACAGAAGCCCAAACAAGCAGUGAAGGUCGAGGUCAGGAAGAGACAAAAGCCAGCCAUAGCCAAAGUAGAACCCAGGUCCAGAAUACCAAUCAAGGAUGUUAAAAAGAGCAGCCCUGCUGCCACAGCCAGUCCACCUGUUUCAGCCCGCGUCCCCUCGCAGCCAACAAGGGCAUUGGACACAGGGAGAGCAGCCAUACAGUUGCCCACGAGGUUACCACUGAAAGAUAGACAUCAGGUCAGCAAAGUGAAACCCGAGGGAGCGUGCAGACAGGACAGACAGGAGAACCCCAGCGAGGUUUGUAAGCGCACGAUCGAAUACUUUAAAGGCAUUAGCGGGGAGACGCUAAAGUUGGUGGACCGCCUGUCAGACGAGGAGAAAAAGACGCAGACAGAGCAGUCGGAGGAAGACAGCACCUCCCGGAGCACCUCUCUGUCGGACGCCUCCCAGCCUUCCCAGCCCUCCCAGCCCUCCCGCUCAUCCAGGUCUGGUAGAGGUUCGAGGGCUGAGGCCGGGGCCGCGUCCGUAAGGGCAAAGGUGGCGACGACGGACAGGGCCUCCGGCAGUGAGAGGAGCAGGAGGAGUAGGCGGACUGGUGGGAAGGAGGGCAGUCAGGGACUCACAGGGUCUCGAACGCCUCCCGUCGCGGAGAUCAAGCCUAGUCCCCAGAGUCCCUGUGAGCGAACAGACUUGCGUAUGGCCAUCGUCGCAGAUCACCUGGGACUCAGUUGGACAGAGUUGGCUCGGGAGAUGAACUUCACAGUGGAUGAGAUCAACCACGUCAGGCUAGAAAACCCCAACUCUCUGACAGCCCAGAGCUUCAUGCUACUUAAGAAAUGGGUCAGUCGGGAAGGAAAGAACGCCACAACGGAUGCCUUAACUUCAGUGCUGACCAAAGUCAAUCGGAUGGAUAUUGUCACUUUACUGGAGGGCCCAAUAUUUGACUAUGGUAACAUUUCAGGCACGAGAUGUUUUGCCGAUGAUAACGCUGUUUUCCGGGAUCAGGCUGAUGAUUAUCAGAGCAUUCUAGCGGAGCUGCAGUCCCCCGCUGCACUGCACUCCGACCCCAACUUCCUGGAGCCCGAACUCCCCGUCACCCCCAACCCUUCCCUCGCCCGCCUCCAACACCACCAUUACCCAGAACCAGACAGCCCUUUGCUCGCCGACUCCCCCGCUCAGCCCCUCCCCUGGAGCCCGGAGAUAGAGCUGGACGGCCCCCCUAGGAGCCCCCCCAGACCCUGUGAGCUGGCCCUGUCUGUCCCGGUCUUUGUACUCCCUGACCCUGUCCCUCCCAAGGUGGUGAAGCCCCACAUCGCUCUGAACGACCAGCUGCUUUUGAGCGAGGAGGAGGACAGGUCCUGUCACGAAAUGGCGUUUAGCCACAAGCCCAGGUCACACUGCCCCCCUGCCAUGUGUGAGCUAGACAUCGACAUGGCUUACUCAACAUCUUCCCCUUCACUCUCAUCCGUAUCAUCAAUAACCCCUUCGUCGCCCGAGAGGAGAGAUGGGAGAGUGCAGAUGGGCUCCCCCGAUGUGGCACAGGGCGAUUUGUUUCUUAAAGGACGUGAAAAGGAGGUGACAAUGGAAAUGGAGAAGGUUGUCGAGAUGGUCGCAGCGGAGUUGGCGAAGGGAAAUGGAUUAGUGGAAAAGUGGGUAGAGCAGGAAUUGAUCAAAAACGUGGAGAGAAAAUGUGAGAUGAUAACACAAGACAGGCCCACGUUGGCAGAGGAGAACGACAUUUUGAAGGAACCUGAAGUGGAAAAAGGUUGCACCGCAAUAGAGGCAGAGGCUGCCAAACAGGGUAUAGAUGAAGCAGCUGAGGAUCAAAAAGUUGAUGGGGUCAGCGGGGAAAUGGUCCACCAGGACGUCACGCUGCAGUUCAGAGAUGAAGAAGGGUUGUGUGGCGGUAAAGGAGACAUUUGCGGUACAACAGAAGAGGACCGGCCAGCCGAGGGACGCGCGGUUACACCGAUCUCUCCUCAGGCCUGGGUUGAGGCCCUGGGGGAACGUCAGCCCAGUGAGUCCGAGUCCAGCGGGCAGGAAGAGGAGGGAAACCGAGACAAGGAAAUCCCAGAGGAGGCCUCUCUUUUGGAGGAGGAGGAGAAAGAAGAAGGCUCAGAGGAGAAGGAGGAGGACAGAGAGAUGAUGACCCAGGCCAGUGUUCAGGAGAUUCUUGAUCAGGUUGAACAGGCAGAACAAAAAGUGUGUUCAUUUUCAGGUUGGCACAGUGAUACGUCCAGCGUCAACGUGGAACCACCGACGCCAGGCCGCAGCGUCAGCUCCGAACUGCUCGACAGGCGGGAAAGAGAAACUCCAGCGAGUCCGUCACUUUCUUCGUUCCAGAGGGGAGUCAGCGAGGUCCCGACAGAAACGGGCAACAACUCCAAGCACGCGCUUCAGGAGCGCUCGGCGAAACGGCAGAAAGCAGAGGGAGCACUGGUGUCGGAGAGAAAAGUAAAGGGAGAACAAGCAAAGAAUAUCCCGGGCGAGACAAUGACCGAAGAACACUACGUGGACCACGACGGUAACCUCGUCAGUAGAAAAGUGAUCAGGAAGGUUAUUCGGCGAGUUUCUAGUCCCACACCAGGACACCAAGGAAGUGACAGAGAGCACCGACACCUUCUGCACAGUCCCCCUCUGCAGGAAGACGGGUCAGAGUUUGGAGAAGGUUCCAGGAAUACCAGGCGAAAGGAUGACAGAAGAUCAGGGGAUAAGAAGCUCCACUCAUAGGGACGGUUGUGCUCUACCAGUUUUUUGUGUGUUCCAGACGAACAGAAACAAAGUCUGAUGUUUCCUGGGAAAAGGAGUUCAGAGAGCUGAAGUGUGACGGCUUCAGGGUCCAGUCCGCUUCAGACAAACGUUUUUCACGUGAGAGGAGUUUGAGCCUUCAGACUUACGCAUGAGCAUGAGAAAAACUCACUUCCUGUCGACGAGAGAGGCCGCGAGGCUCCGGCCUCCUGACUGCAGUGGACCCGCGGACAAUGAUUCUGCUUCCUGUCUUGUGUGAAAACGAAACGUGCCAUCGGCCCACCGGUGUCGUCCGCGCUUUACUUGAGGAGCACAAUUUGUGGUGAAAACGAUAAAAGACGCCAUUACUGACGCCCGCACAGGUGUACCUGUGACCAAAGAUGGCACAAGAGCUAAAUCCACAAGGUGGGUGGAAAAGAAUAAAGUAGACACAAUAACACAAAAAAAAAAAAAAAUCCAAUGGAACACUUCUGCUCCAAGUUCAACACUCGCCUUAUAGUUUUUUCUUGAAACCAUUGUUGUCGGGAUGUAAAUUGUUUUGGGAUUUUUUUUUUCUUCCUUUUUAAAACUUAUACUAACACAAAAGCGGUUUUCUGUAUAUAAAAUUACAAUGUGUAAAAUUCUUAAUAAAGCGUACGCUUGUGGUUGAGAAUGCACUGAGGAGAUAAACCUUUUCAAGUGCUUUCAAAACUUAUCGAAACGGUUCCACUUUUAAAGAUUUGAGUGUAACUUCACAGGUUCUUGUAUAAUUAACUAUUAGAGCAGGUAUAAUGUUUGUAACAAAGAGAACUGGUUUGAUUUUAAAUAAGGACAUUUCCAGAAAAAUCAAAUUUCAGUAAUUCCCAAAGUGGGAAUGGAUCUAAUCCUACAAAAUGCAGCCUUUCAGAGUACUCCUAUUUUCAUGCAUGCUGUUCACAUUAUUUUAAGUACAACUUUUACAAGUUUGCAAACACUGUAUUCAAUGACAAAUAAACCCCUUUAUCUGUGUGCACAUAUAGCCCUAACAUUUGUCACCGAUUUUAUACUUUGAAAUGGCAAAAAAACAAAAACAACCAUUGAAACAUGUAUCAUGUUGGGAUGAGGAUGAAAAGGAGUUUGAUAGCUGGUUGAGGGCGUGAUGUCUUGUCUGUUAACGUGGAACCGGAGGGCGGCUUCUGCUACAGGAACAAAAUAAUCUGAAUGUACUGCUGGUAGGCUGGCUCGCUGUAAAGUUAUAACCGUAUCGUGCGUAUUGGCUAUAAGAUGUAGGAGUCUCUGUUCACUGUUAGACUUUUUGUAAUCAUUUUCGCAGUGUGUCAAUUUGGUUUUCUAACGGCUGCUGUGGCAUUAAAGGAAAACUAGGGCAUUUUAUUUUCUUAUUUUUGGGGGGUAUUUCCUUAAUUCAAAGCCUAAUCACAUUAAGGACACACAGAAACAUUAUUUGAUUGUAGCUCUGAAUAGCAUAUUGUAUGACAAAAUCACUGGAUGGUCAAAAGAAUUGAUUUAAGCAUUAAAUAAAUUGUUUAACUCUGAAACCGUGUGAUCUUUUUAGGCUUGACAGUCUGCAGUGUCAAAAUGUUACUUUACAUUAGGAAUUCUCUGUAUUGGUUUUCAUUAGAUGCCCAUGUAGUUCAUGUGUGGUGUUCUACUGGUGCAGAGGCUCAGUGUGCUGACGUCUAUGCUGUGGACAUGAAAAUUAUGCGACUUUUUUUGGGGGGUGGGGGGGGUGUAAAGGAAGUCCGCUAGGGUGCUGUACCACAUCCCCUUAUACAACUGUAUCAAUCAGAGGGGAGGGACCUUUGAUAUGGUUGAACUGUCAAUUUUGUUUGAUAUGUGUUUUCACCUGAGCAGAUUUUUUGAUGUACAAUUCUUACUAACAAGAGUGAAGCCAUUGAAAUGUAACUAUUCUAGCACUUUGGUUAUUCGAGGUCUUUUAGAGGCUAUAGCAGCAAUGAUGCCACCACAAAUGUUUCAGACGUCUUUAAAAAAUAAAAAAACCUAAAAAAAAAAUUAAAAUGCAUUGAUUUCGCAAUA